AUGGCUGGGCACAAGAUUGCACACGCAACCUUGAAAGGACCAAGUGUGGUGAAGGAGUUAGUUAUCGGUCUUGCGCUAGGCCUAGCUGCUGGUGGGAUGUGGAAGAUGCACCACUGGAACGAGCAGAGGAAGACGAGAGCAUUCUAUGAUUUGCUUGACAAGGACGAGAUUAGUGUUGUUGUUGCAGAGUAGUAGACUAGUAGUAGUGAGAUCUUCUCCUCCAGCACUAAAUAUUUUUGAUGAUGACGAUCACCUACAACUACAAACUUUAGCGUUUGUUAUUAAGUUCAACAACACCCAUCAUCAUUAAAUAUAUAUGAUGAUGAUUUCUAGUUUUUCAUU